AGUCGAGAAACUCCGGGAUGUCUGACCGAUCUCUGUAGAAUUUUGAAUCCCUGUGUUCUUACAUCUUUUGACAAACAACUCGUCGAUCUUUUUGAAAUCAACAUCGAAAUCCUUCGUUCAAUUCUGUAUUCUCCAAUCUUAUAUCGAUUCAGCGUUUCCCUCUUGUUGCAAUUUGUUAUCUGUACCUUCGUCCAUGGCGGCCCCGUGUUUCUGGGCUCCCUCAGCCAUUUCUUCUUCCCAAUUUGCUUACUCCGUUGGGCCCUGCUUUCCGGUUCCCUUUCAUCUUCAACAAUCGGCUCCUCUUUACGCCGCUGCUCCAACCACGGCCCCUGUGGUUGCUCCCGCUGCUGCUACCUACCCUCUCCCUCAGUACCAACAGGCGCAGCAGUUGUUUCAAAAAGAUGCUCAAAUAAUAACACCUGAAGCACUUGAGAGUGUAAAAGUUGCCCUUGCAAGAGAUGAAAUGGAGCACAAAGCAGAAACUAAAAGGAAAGCUAUCCCUCGUAAAGCUGCUGGACAGAAAUGGGAGGAUCCUACACUUGCUGACUGGCCUGAAAAUGAUUAUCGGCUGUUUUGUGGCGAUCUUGGUAACGAGGUGAAUGAUGAUGUUCUUUCUCGAGCGUUUUCACAAUUUCCAUCCUUUAACAUGGCCAGGGUUGUGAGAGAUAAGCGAACAGGCAAAACAAAGGGAUACGGUUUUGUUAGCUUCACCAAUCCUUUGGAUCUCACUGCAGCACUCAAAGAAAGGAAUGGUAAAUACGUUGGGAAUAGGCCAAUUAAACUUAGGAAAAGCAAAUGGAAGGACAGAAUUGAUUACGAGGCUCUUGCAAAACUAAAGAAUAAAACUCAAAAGAAUUGGAAGGUACAGAAGAAAAGUGUGUUGCAUUAGUGAAAGGAGCAUAUUGAUAUUGAUUGGAUUAAGAAAUGAACAGUUUUGCAGCCAUUCCUCACGUAUUCUUUUCGUUGUAAAUUCGCUGCAAGUAUAAGCAAAUAAUUUUAGAAAAAUACUUGGUGUGUCCGACCAAAUUGUCUAAUUAUGAUUUGUCAUGUGGUGAUUUCUUUUCUUUUCUUUUAUUUUAUUUUAUUUAUUUAUUUUUUUUUGGGUGAUAAAGA